GAACGUUUGACUGUACAUUGUAGUCGGUAAAUGGAUCACCCUGAACUCUGAGCAUGCUAGAUGAUAAUAGAAUAAUCAGUGACAGUAUUUGAUAACUGUUUAUCUGGUGUUAUGAUAUCAUAUUCUAUGUAUGUGUGUUUGAUAUCUACACGAGAUAUAUGGGGACAGGGUGUAUACCGGGUUGUAUACCUGUACAGAAAUCCGUCGUCACUAGUGUAGUCAGUGAUAACUUGAUGUCGAGCAGUUGAAGUGAGUUUAAAAUAUGAGGUACUCAGUCCUGCUGGUGUGCGUCUUCACAGUUUAUGUGGGUGCUGACUAUUCACAAUACAGAGACUUUAUCCUGAAGCAGAGAAAUAACCAGACUUUCCUCCGAGAGUACGAUGCCCACGCAAAGUCCUGGGCCAGGGGACAGUCGGUGCUAGCUGACAAACACGUGUUUCCGUGUGAGGCACUCGAACCAAUACCCCCAGCUACAUCAGUGAAUAAUUUGACACCAGCUGAUAUCAAGGUGGUGGCUGCUCUCGGGGACUCAAUUACUGCUGGAACAGGGAUAAACGCCGUCACACCUAUAGGUUUGCUGACACAGUGGCGAGGGCUGUCAUGGAGUGUUGGCGGCGAAAAAAACUUCGAAGAGGAGAUUACAAUCCCGAACAUCAUUAAGAAGUAUAACCCGGAUGUGAAGGGAUUCUCUGUGGGAAAAGGAGGCGUCAAUAGCAGAAAUGCCAAGCUCAAUGUGGCUGAUCCGGGUGCAGUAUCCGACGAGAUGAGAGGGGAAGCUGAAGACCUGGUUGAGCGUAUAAGAAAUGAGCCUGAUAUAGAUAUGGAAAACGACUGGAAACUUGUAACUUUGUUUAUUGGUGGGAAUGAUCUGUGUAGCUAUUGCGAAGACAAGACCAAAUAUGCCCCUGUGCGAUACGUGGACAACAUCAAGCAGGCCCUAGACGUUCUAUACGAACACGUACCAAAGACAUUUGUCAACGUCGUCCCUGUCCUUAACAUCGCUGUUGUCAAGGAACUUAACCAGAACCUUGUCUGCGACACACUCCACUUGUUCCUGUGUCAAUGCGCAGCCUAUCCGGCUAACAGCGAGGAGGAAAACGAGAUGAAGGAAGCAGUGGAAUCUUACCAACAGCAACUCACCGAUCUCGUCGUAUCCGGUCAGUUUGAGAGGGAUGACUUCGCGGUCAUCAUACAGCCUUUCUUCACAAAGACCGAGCUUCCACAGAGGGAUGGGGGCGGCCCCGACUUGUCGUACUUCGCUCCUGACUGUUUCCAUCUUAGCCGGAGAGGCCACCAAGCUGCUGCUACAGCCCUAUGGAACAACAUGCUUGAGAAUGUGGGUGAAAAACGGGAUUUCUGGAAACCGGGUGAGGAAAUAAACUGCCCUACCAAGGAAAACAGAUAUUUUCCGACAUAUCAGAAUAGCAUUUCUGGAAAGAAAAGUUUUGGACAGACAUACCAGCAAGAUCAGAGCAACAAUAAGCAGCCUGGCGCAUAUUCCGGAGGUUCCAUCUCUACAAAUGGCCUGAUAAUCGGUGCUUGCAUGUCAGUUGUUAUCGGUCUAAUCGUUUUGGGUGCAGUACUGUACAAGCGAAUGUCCAAGACCUCCGAAAAGCAUCACCUCAUAGGAUCAGACAUAAAUAUGUCAUACACUAAAAUAUAAAGUCGGUUUUACGUUAUUCGUAAAACUAAAUUUAUUUAUUUGCCAAAUGAAGCUCAUCUACGUGUUAAUCAUAUUGGAAGCAGUACUUUAAAAUGUUACUUAAAACGGCGGCCUACUUAUAGGUUAAACAUUUAUAUCAUAGUUCAACUACCGCCUUUUCCAAACUUCAUCAGGAUCAAGUAUCUGUUGAAGAUAGUCCUACAGAUGUAGGCUAUGCCUUUCUGUUAAAGUGAAGCAUUAAUCUAAAGGGUGUGUGUGUACCACGAAGUGAAUCUAUCACAAUGACAGAAUUAUCAAUGCCAUCUUUGAAUAUAAUCUGUUUUGGACUUUUUAGAUUUACUGCUCGAAAGAUUUAACGAAAUUAUCUGAAUUAUGCAAAUCGGGGAUAUCGUUAAUCUAUUAAAAUACAUUUAUCAUUAUGCAUUAAGUCAUGACGUAUAUUGAUGAUAUAUAUUCUAAUCAGAUGGGGGUUUAUGCCAAUGAAAUUCUGCAUCACUUUUUCUUACCUUAUCGUGAUCGAAUCACAAAUGGUUUGAAGUAUCAUGACGAAGUUAUAUUUUCAUAUGAUUUACAAAAAUUAUAAGAUGUGUCAAAACAUGUAUCUGUCCCUGUUUAUUAGUUGAUGUUUUGGCAAUACAUUUUAUCAAGUAAUUUUGGAAAUAAAUCUAAUUAUUUUUGUAUGUAGACUACAAGAAUGAAGCAACCAUAGGUUUUAAACUCCGAUUAGUCGUUUUCUAGGUAAACAACUUAUUAACAGCCAAGACGACCGAUCAUGAUUUUAAAGUUUAUGGUCAGUAUUAGCAGACUGGGAUAUAGCAAUAGAGCCUUACAUUUUGAGGUUUUACAUUAUAUUGUGGUGCAUACCUUGAUAUUCUAUACAAAUCAACAUUUUUGUGUUUUAAACAAAUGAUCCACAACUGUGAUAUUAAUAUUUUAUUUUAUCAAUAAAAACGUUUACCAUAUGA